AGUGUUGGUGCUGAGGAGAGAGCUGAGGAGAGAGCAUCCUCCCCGCAGAGUUGUUCCCACACGGCCCUGGGGGCCGGUACAUGGACGUUAUUCACCGUCCUGGGAGUUAAUGUCAGUCCCGCCGGGAGAGCGCUGAGCUCCGCCAUGGUGGAUCCCACCGACACCGUCGUGGCUCCGCCGCCCCGCAGCAGGCACGGACCGGGCUCCGGCUGCGGAAACAACGGCAGGAAAACGUCGAAAAGGUCGCGGACAAAAAGAGGCAAGCGAGGCAGAAAGAGACGGAAUAAGAAGAGCAGGAACAACAGGAGCCCGCCGUUCCUGCCGCCCGAGGCGGAAGAAGGAAACAUUGAAUAUAAGUUGAAGCUGGUCAACCCUACUCAGUAUCGCUUUGAGCAUCUGGCCACGCAGCUGAAGUGGCGUCUGCAGGAGGGCCGUGGCGAGGCCGUCUACCAGAUCGGAGUGGAAGACAACGGCCUGCUGGUCGGCCUGACAGAGGCCGACAUGAAGGCCUCGCUCAAGACAUUAAAGAGGAUGGCGGAGAAGGUUGGGGCCGACAUCACUCUCCUCCGAGAGCGGGAAGUGGACUACGACCUGGACAGAAACACCCGGAAAAUCGCAGAGGUCCUCGUUCGAAAAGUCCCCGACGAUCAGCAGUUCCUGGACCUGCGGGUGGCGGUGCUGGGAAAUGUAGACUCGGGAAAGUCCACCCUGCUGGGUGUCCUGACGCAGGGGGAGCUGGACAACGGUCGAGGCCGAGCGCGGCUCAAUCUGUUCAGACAUCUGCAUGAGAUCCAGACCGGACGCACCUCCAGCAUCAGCUUCGAGAUCCUGGGCUUCAACAGCAAAGGAGAGGUGGUGAACUACAGCGAGUCUCGGACAGCUGAGGAGAUCUGCGAGAGCUCGUCCAAGAUGAUCACUUUCAUCGACCUGGCAGGACACCACAAGUACCUGAAGACCACCAUCUUCGGCCUCACCAGCUACUGCCCCGACUUUGCCAUGUUGGUGGUGAGCGCCAACACCGGCAUCGCCGGUACCACUCGGGAGCACUUAGGCCUGGCCAUGGCACUGAAAGUCCCCAUUUUCAUCGUGGUCAGUAAAGUGGACCUGUGUUCCUGCGGCACGGUGGAGCGGACGGUCCGGCAGCUGGAGAGGAUCCUGAAGCAGCCGGGCUGCAACAAAGUGCCCAUGGUGGUGUCAAACCCUGAUGACGCUGUGACUGCAGCGCAGCAGUUCAGCCAGUCAACAUGCAUCACGCCCAUAUUUACUCUGUCCAGUGUGUCUGGACGGAGUCUCGACCUGCUAAAGAUCUUCCUGAACAUUGUCCCUCCGCUGAGCAACAGCAAGGAGCAAGAAGAGCUGAUGCAGCAGCUCACUGAAUUCCAGGUGGAUGAGAUCUACUCAGUUCCGGAUGUUGGGACUGUGGUGGGAGGAACUCUUUACAGCGGCGUGUGCAGGGAGGGCGAGCGGCUGGUGGUGGGUCCGACAGACGAGGGCCGUUUCCUGCGUCUGAAGGUGGGCAGCAUCCAGAGGAAUCGCUCGGCCUGCAGGGUGCUGAGGGCCGGACAAGCAGCCACGCUGGCUUUGGGAAACUUUGAUCGCUCACUGCUGCGCAAGGGUAUGGUCAUGGUCAGCCCCAAGAUGAACCCGACCAUCUGCUGUCAGUUUGAAGCCGCCAUCGUCCUCCUCUUUCACGCCAAGACGUUCCGGCGGGGCUCGCAGGUCACCGUACACGUCGGUAACGUCAGACAGACGGCUAUCGUAGAGUCUCUUCACGGAAAGGACGAGCUGCGUACAGGUGAGAGGGCCGUCGUUCACUUCCGCUUCAUCAAGCACCCCGAGUACCUGCGGCUGGGCGCCAAGCUGCUCUUCAGGGAGGGCGUCACCAAAGGCAUCGGACACGUCACGCGCCUGCUGCCCCGCUCACACAACCACGACCAGAACCAGAACCACGACCAGAACCUGCAGGGGCACUUCUGAUCACAUUUAUCCACCUGCCACACGCCGGCAGACCAAUCUGCCGCUCCGGGAUCUUCCUCCUUCUAUUUUCUCUCAUUCAUGCCUGCAGUUUUCAGCAAGUUCCCCAUCAUCAUCAUCGUCAUCGUCAUCAUCGUCAUCAUCGUCAUCAUCUGCCACAGCAGGCAUUUGUGUCUGACUUAAAGCUGGAUGGCCAGAGUGGAUUUAAGUCUGGCCCGUUAAUCUGCUGCCGUGCCACAGAUUGAUGUGAGAGGCUUCUGCUCGAUCGGUGCAGCUGUCGUGACAAGACGGCUGGAAAGUUUUGGCUGGAUUCAAAGAAUGUCUGCCGAUGAGGAGAGAAGGCGUAAACAAACUUUCAGAAGUUAGAAUAACUUCUCAUUUGCCGGGGGUGCAUCUUUUCAUUUCUUUUAUUCAGAUCAUUCAAAUAUGUCGUUGAGUUCCUGAAAUAUCUCAGACCCUUAUAGGAGCUUUUUCUUUUCAUUUAUGUCAGUGUGUGUGUGUUUUAGCUCAUUGGAUUAAAACUGGACAUGUUUUAUCGUUAUAUUUUACAUUAUUACUGAGCAUUUUCCAUGAGGUUCUGAGAGUGUUUGAGGUAAUUUUGUAAGAGUUUGUGUGGAUGAAACAUUUGAGCAGUAUAUUGCUGUGGAAAUGGAACCCUGUGGGUUUUACUUUGAUCAGUGUUCACAACAGAUGGAUGUUUGACACUGGUGUGCCUACAAAUACUAACUCCCUCCCCUCGGCUCGGUUCGGGGAGGAAUCCAUUAUUUUUGUCAUUCUUCACAAGCUAAUGGAAGUAUUUGCGUUUCUGAGUUGAGAAAGUAAGUAAUAAUAAUAAUAAUAAUAACAGAGCUGGGUUCUCCAGUGUUUCCUCAUCAGUCACAACAGUGAGAGGGUUUCCACCCAAGAACAUGUCUGGGUGGAUUCAGCAGCGUUACUGCUCUCAUGUUUUCAUUGGCAAUGACACAGAUUUGAGUGGCUAGCACUGUCGCCUCGCGGUACGACGGUUCCUGGUUCAGAUACAGCCGGGGGCCUUCCUGUGUGGAGUUUGCAUGUUCUGCUCGUACCUUGGCUCCCUCCAUCAGUCCAAAAACAUGAUCUUUAGAUUGACUUGAGAGGUGAAAUGACAGUAGGUUUGUGUGUGUGUGUCUCGUUUGUCACUGGCCCGUUGAUGGACGGCUGAUCGGUCCUGGGUGCAGCCGCCUCUCGCUCAGUGACAGCUGAGACAAACUCCAGCCGCCUCUGAGCGCAAACAGGAUCAAGCGGGUAUAGAACAUGGAUGGAUUAAUCUGUGUAUUUAAAAAAAGAAAAAGAUUAAAGACUCUUCUGGUCACCUGCUCGUGCCCACACAUACCAAGAGGAUUUAGACCGAUUUGCCUUUUAGGGAUUUGUGUGAUAAUAAUUUUCAUAUCCCAAUCUGACAAAACCACCAGCUCAAUGUAUCGUAAUGCUUUUGUGCACUUUAUUCAACCAUUCUGGUGUGUCUCUUCCCUCCUGCUGCAGUGAACAGCACAUACAAGUACAGAUGAAUACUUUCACUCCUUGUUCCUGGGAAAUACUUUAGUCAAGCCAGGUAGAUAAUACACACACCCCGACUGGAUUUAUGGUUCAUGUAGCACACGAGGGAGAGCUCAGUUAAACAUAACAUGAUUCAAGUGUGUGUGGUCCAAAGGAUGACGUCUUUUUUGAACAAGGAAAGGUGGUUUCCUCGUCUUUACAGCCUUACAUUCAGUUUCUUGAUAUUAAACUGUAACUAUUGAAGUUUCUACAGUAACUGUAUUUAUAAAUGACUAUUACUGAGAUGUUUGCAUUUCACUAAUCAGUUUGUUACAAGUUUUCAUUCCUCUUGGUGAAUUGAAGAAGUGGGUAGGUCUGAUGCCUAGGCAGCUUUGUGCAGCGAAUCAUAACCUGCAUGCUCUUUGACUGGCAAAAGCUCUUAUCCUUUCAUUUCAACUGUAACACAUGUAUCUGGUGAAGUUUUGAUGCAGCUCUAAAGGUUUUUUUUAGACUCUGUGCACUUGUAAAGGUGAAUAUUGAAUGUACUCUCCAUGAUCCCGUGUUGGCUCCUGAUCAACUGUCGUUACUGUUGACUCUGCACUUUGUACUCUGAGUUUGCAUGUGUGUCGGGGAGCUGUGAAGGAUGAGAGGUGAAGGUCAGCGCGAGAAAACCACCAAUGCUUCUGCAGAACAGUGAGUUUAUCGGUUUGCUUUUCCUGACCGUUCCUCUGGCUCUCAAAUAAACAAUUAAAAUGAAAUAUUCAAAGUGACAAAGAGAUCUUGUUUGUCAUUGGCACCACCGGAAAAUGAAACUGGUGCAUUUUUUUUUCUGUUUAUAGAAAAAUCUUCCCAUGUUUUUGUCUUCUCCAUCUUCAG